AUGGCUGCCCUAUUUGUGAUCACCCUGCUGUUCUGUGUAGCAGCCGUAACUCAGCCGUAUAGGGUAGCAGCCCCUAACUCUGCCAUAAUGGGUAGCAGCCGUAACUCAGCCAUAUUGGGUAGCAGGUGUAACUCUGCCAUAUUUACAGGUAGCAGCCGUAACUCAGCCGUAGCAGCCGUAACUCAGCCGUAUAGGGUAGCAGCCCAUAACUCUGCCAUAAUGGGUAGCAGCCGUAACUCAGCCAUAUUGGGUAGCAGCUGUAACUCUGCCAUAUUUACAGAGCUGCGGUUACUAGACUUAAGCUCAAACGAUUUGUCGGUUAUUCACAAGGAUGAUUUUACACCUUUGACGUCACUUCACCGCCUGAACUUAGCAAAAAACAAGAUAGAGUUCAUUGAAGAUGGCUCAUUUAGCAGUCUUCAAGAACUACUGAUUUUGGACUUGUCGGCUAAUAGUAUACGAACAUUAAGUGAACACUCAUUCCCAAUGAAAUCUUUGAGUCUUGCAGAGAUUUACGUAGAUGAAAAUCCGAUCAAAAUUUUACCAUCUUUUAUAUUUUAUGUACGUGGUCUCAAAAUUGCCAGUUUUGAACGUACCCAUAUUGCUUUCGAGAAUUUUACAGACUAUUUACUUAACAUGAACAUGAACAGGGUUCUGAGAAGUGUUGUCAAAUCAGCAAGUACUCCAGAUCGUUCAGAUAUUUAUCAACAAUCAAAUGACCCAUGCUUGGUCAAAAUUGGGCAUAGCAAUAUCACAAACUUGGGCUUUCAAAUUGACCAGGAAAACAUUACUCUGAAUACAUCUUUGCAGCUCGUAUUGCUUCAUUUUAAACUAGAGUUUACAGCUAAUCCAGUCAGAUGUAAUUGUCGCAUUAACCCAAUUAUAUCAUUUGUGAAUUUUCUCAUAAAAAACAACAGUAUAGGAAACGUACAAGAGUUAUUUGGAAGUUGGAUUUGUCAGUCACCUGAGAAAUUGUAUGGAAAAAAUAUUUUGGAAAUAGAAAUGGAUCAGACAUUGUGCGCUUUAAAUGUAUCAACUUGUCCAAUUCCUUGUAAAUGUUAUGAAAGAGCGUUGACUGGCAAUAUAAUUGUGGACUGCAUUGGUUUUAAUUUGAAUGAUAUUCCAGACAAUAUGCCUGUUGGAAGUCUAGAGCUGAUACUCAGUCAUAACAACAUAACACAUGUUGCAUAUACCGCUUACCUUGGAAGAGUGAAGAUAUUUGACAUUAGUCAUAAUCACCUAAAGACCAUUGAUUCUAGUGUAUUCCAAAAUUUGAAUAAGAUAGAAACUCUGAACUUAAGAUCUAACCAUCUCAUACGACUACCACAAACGCUGGUCAGACUUGGCGCCAAGUCAAUAAUGCUUUCAGGCAACCCCUAUGUGUGUGAUUGCAAUGUUGUCUGGUUGAAGAAUUGGAUUACAAGUAACAAGGAUAUUGUUACAGAUUGGGACAUGGUUACGUGUAAUACUUUACAAAAUGACGGCAAUAUAAUAGUGAAAGUCAGUAAAGCCGAGUUUAUUUGCAAAGAAAGUUCGUUAAAUGAAUUUGAUGAAAUAAAACACGCUGUGUUGCCUUCCAUUGCAACAUUUGUAACAGUGUGUCUAGUAAUAAUAGCAAUUGCAUUGAUUUAUUCAUUUCGAACUGAAAUUAAAGUGUUGAUGUUUAUACACUGGGGACUACAUCCACUUGAUAACGACACUGGAAAUAAUGCUGAGGAAAUAGAUUGUAUGGUUGUUCACAAGAGUUCCGACAAUGAUUGGGUUCUCGAAAAAGUCGUUAAACCGUUAGAACAUUGCAACAACAACUACACUGUCGUUGAUUCGGACAGAGACUUCGUUGUUGGAUAUUCUUUCCAGCAAAACGUGAGCAACCUUGUUGUGCGCAGUAAAAGAAUGAUAAUAAUUGUAACCGGUAAUUCGAUGCCUGAAAACGUUGCCAUGUCUUGGUCAAUUGCUCAAGAGAAGAUUAAAAGCACAAAAUCUAGCUUUGGAAUUAUUGUAACACAUAAUAUUCAGAAACAUAACAUAGAAGACAAAGAUAUGAAAGCGUAUUUAAAGCAUGGACGUUAUGUAGACUCUAAGGAACUUCUUUUUACAAAUAAACUUCUUUAUUAUAUGCCUGGUAAAUGUAUGAAUCAGGAAUAUCUCAACACCAUCAAUGCAAGUAAAGGUGAAUCAGAUUCGGGUAUAUCUUUCGGGGGGUCGAUAUUUAAUUGUACGAGUACUGUAUCACGCGCGAUAAGUAAUUCAUCAUCUUUGACCAUUGAGUAUACAGAAAGCGCUGAACUGGUCAAUACUUGUACAACGGAUUUAUUCAUAACAUACCACGACACAGAUAUGGACUUCGCAAGACACAGACUUUUACCGUUGUUUGAAUCAAAUAACUAUGCUGUGUGCUUUCCAGACAGAGAUUUUCUGUCGGGCCAUCACGAGAGGAAAACAUUCUCAAUUCUAUUGCAUCGUCCGAACACACAGUUGUUGAACAAAGACACAUUUAAAAAUAUUGAAAUUGAGAAACGCAAUGGUCCGAAUGUUAUUAUAAAAAUGUCCAUCACAGCUAAUAUCGAGAAGAGUAUGCCGGUUGAGGAGGCUUGA